AUGAAGGUCUUGGAUUGGUUGUGCGGGUAAGUAACAUAUAUUAAUUUAAUUGUUAAAAAUUAAUGUGUCGGGGAAAACAGCUUAUUAGAUUUUGCAGAUGCGAUGCACCGAACCGGGACGAGAGUGCUGCCUACCUCGCAGACACCAAGAGUGCUGGAGAUCUUCCUCAGAAGAAACCAGUGGUGUUAUGCACGGACCAGCCCCGCUCUGAUUGCCCCGUCGUCCCGCUGAAAACUCAGUUGCAAGCCACGUUGGAGGGAAAGGAAACCAGAAAGGGAAACGAUGCAAACGAGGUAAGGAAGGUGUGUUGUCCUCUGUGGGAUAUUUCAAUACUCCGGAUCGUUUGUUUUGUUUUUUAGGGCCUUUCAUUUUGUUAAGUAAAUUUUUAUUUUUUGUUCCUCUGUUGAUUUUCCUUUUUUAUUGUCACUGGUACUCCAUUUUAUCUAGUUUUGUGUUCGGUUUAUGGCUUUAUGAAUGCGAAUAUGCAUACGAAAUUGAGACCGGGACAGGAAACGGAAGGCACCCGGUUCUGAGUGGACUUUCUCUUCAUUUGCGAUCUUCCUUAUAGCGCCAUCUGACGUCGGUACAGCGUAGUUGAAGCUAUUUGCUGACGCAGCGGCGUUUUGUCACAGAUAAAUAUUUUGGAGAAAAUCUGUGACCGUUUUUUCUUGGCUAGCUGGAACAAAAACUUGUUUUCUGGGCAGAAAAUAACGUUUAAAAAUUUUCCUGCUUUUUGAGAGCAAUUUCGUCCUUUAAAAAUUGCUCCGAAAGAAUUUUGCUUUCUAAAAUCAGUGCUGGACAAAAUUAUAAACGCAGUUUAAAAAUUUCUGUAACUGUUUUUGUCGAUAGAAAUCAUAUUUGGCACCAAUGUGAAUUAGUGUCCUACAAAUCUUGUGCCAAAAAAUUAUUUCGUGAAAUUUCGAAAAUUUGGAAAACUAUUUUUGAAAAUUUUUCUUUGCGACAAGAUUUUAACCGCAUUCAAAAUCGGAAUCUCUUCGAAAUAUCGUAUACUUUUCUGUUGCAGACAUCGAAAACGGACAUCAAGUUUCCACUCCCUGAACAGAGAGAGAUGAUGAAACCCCUGAGUGUAAUCACUUUCUCAUCGAUCGAACAUAGUGUAAAUGCCUACAGAGAAUUAUGCCAAAAUGUUAAUAACGUGCUCAGCGAUCGGGUUCGUCGAAUGGAAACCCUUCUAGAGGACGAAACAGGCCUGCCAGAGGAAGUUGAAGAUGAUAUUCGGUUGGCUAGGGGCAAGAUGAUGGUCAUUAUGAAGAAUAAUCUCACGAAGUUUAGUAAAUUGGUUGAUGUAAGCAUUCCAAAAUACCGUUUUGUUAUUUGUGGAGAGUUCUAAAAUAAAGUUUUAGGUUGCUGAAGAUACAGAACAAGGAAUUGCCGACCUCACUGGAUUCUGGGGCCUGGUUCAUGCUGAAUUAGAAGAUAUAAAAAGAGCUUGUGGCCGAGUUGAGGCGGCCAGACUGAACGCAUGGCAAGCGGUACCGAGACCUUCGCCACCAACGUCCAGAACUCCAGCCAUGAAGAGAGUUCAGACAGCCAACAAAAGUGGUACAUCUACUCCAACUAACAGAACACCUAAACCAACUCCUAAGACAAAUCCCAAGUUGAGGGAAUUUAUGGCACAGAAAAGAAAGGAAAUGCAAGAUAGUAUGGUCAACGGCGAGCCACAAACAGUUGCCUGA